AAAGCAAAUACCAUUCCAGGGUCGACAGAAAGCUAUGCUUCUGCAAGUUAUGGACCGUACGAAAUGGCCACAAGGCUCAGUCGAUCGGCAGAAAGUUGCCGAUAAGGUAAAUUUGGCAUACCAUCAGAUAACACAUCAAUACCGUGUUCACCCAGAAAACCAGAUGUACAUGCAAAACAGCAAACGGCAGACUAGAGAGAAGAUUACUUCUGAGCAGAAGUUCCAACUUGAGAAAGCUUUGCUGGAAAAUCCCAAGCCACUAAUGGGAAGUGUGGACCGAGAACAUUUUCGUCGAGAGAAAUGCCCAACUGUUCGCCGCGACCAGUUUGAACACUUUCUCAAGAGAAAUUAA